UAAUCCUGUUCACAAAGUCCUCCUCUUGACAUGCAACUAUUGUCAUGCCUCUCUUACAGUCUCUGGUCGAGCCUGUUUAACUCCAUUCUGCCUCUGUCCGAAUUAUGCUCAACUCCACCUUACUCCCUACUUCUUCAGACUUCAGAAAAGGAGGAACAGCUUUACUGAAAACUCUUAAUACAUGUUUGAUGCCACAAGACAUCAAUAUUAGUAGGACUAACUCUUAAAAGAAAGAGAAGUGUGGCAGGUGGCUUAAGCUCCUCUCACAGACAUCAAACAGCCACAGUGUUUCAGACUCAUCAUGCCGGGUUCAGAUGCUUGGUCUAACUGAGGAGCUGAGAUGCUGCACAGAUCCAAACUGAGCGUCCUGUUGCAGGGCCUGACUCUGGUCCUGUUAGUCCCGGCCUCUGUCGCCUCUUCUCUGGGGCUGACGGUCCACGUCGUGCCCCUGGACAGCGACAAAGGGAAAACGGUGCGUGCUCAUUUCACUGCCAUUGCCCCCAGUCCUUGUCCAGCUUUGUCUGGACUGUGUGCUGAGGGGGAGGACUGUCUGGUCCACGCCUCCUACUCACCUUUCAAUGGCACCAAACCGGACUCCGGCUGGUGCGUCCGCCAGUGGCAGAAAACUGUCCCCAGUGAUUACAGCGCCUCCAUCAGUUUGGGGUCCAACACAGAAUUGUAUGUAUCAAUGAAAACAGGACCAAACAUUCGAGCCAACAGUGGGAGACUCAAUCAACCAGUUUAUGUUGCUCUCCCUCCUCCACUAAGGGCCCGUGUGAACUGCCCUCACCACUUCUCUCUGUCUGUCAAAGACCUGGAUGGGGACAAGGUGCGAUGUCGCUUUGCCCGGGCCGACCAGGGCGAGUGUCUCAGCUGUACUCAGCACUCAUUCAUAGAACUGGAUGAGGAGAAAUGUAUGCUGACAUUCACUGGAAACGCAGCAGCAGGACAGUAUUUCAUCUACCUGAUGGCAGAGGACUUCAUUCCUGCGCCAAGAACAAACCACUUCAUAGACAACACACGCCUCAGCUCUGUCCCUGUGCACCUCUCUCUCACUGUGGAGGAGUCAACUUCCAGCUGCAGUGGUGAGCCUGUGGCAACAGAAGACACCCCCGAAGACCACUCCACACUGUUUGUCCUGCCAUAUCAAGAGGCGAAAUUCAACGUCAGCUUUGUGUCACAGCUGGAGAGUGUUUUAGAGGUGGCAGUGGUUGGUCCCCCCCAACUCUUCAGGAUUGGCUUCAAAUCAGUCGCCUCCCUGUCAGCAAUGACCAUUGCCUGGGUUCGCUCCGAAAACAACCUUGCCCGCCUUUUACCCAUCUGCUUCGCUGCAAAUACUAAGAGUUUCCAGUCAGAGCCCAGGUGUGUGUGGCUGUACCAAAGGGGAAUGAGGACACUACCUGAAGGAACAGAGCUGAAGUGUAAAAAUACAGAGAUGACUCUGGUGCUGCCUGUCGCCUCCCUGAAUCACAUCAACCUGGACGAACUGCAGCUCAACAGCCCCACCUGUCCUGUCAUCUACAACAGCACACACCUGAGUGCUCGUAUCCCCCUGACUGGCUGUGGCACCAAGACUGUGCACUCUGGUACGGAGCUGGUGUACACCAAUACCUUGCAAAGUGUGCGCGCCUACACUAAGGUCAGCCGUGAGCCCUCCCUCAUCCUCCCUCUGGCCUGCCGGAUCCCCGGAGCCCAGAUCAGUGGACCGCAGUACAAAGUCGGCAUGCCCACAGAGACUGAGACAUUUGGUCCGGUUAUGUUUUGGAUAGAAUUUCACCUUCCAGGAACUGGGCCUCUGGCAAGAUUCACAGGCAUUCCCAGGUUGCGCUCCUUGAACUUGCCAGGACGAGUGCGCAGAGAUGUGGAAUCUCUAUUGAGGAGUAGCAGCACCUCCACCAGCUCCACCAAUGGCACCUCUACCAGUGGUGCCAUAGGGUCCCGGCUCAGCCAGCUGGACCUCCAUGUGUUUUCCAACUGCACCGUGAAUAGAGCCGAGCUGGUAGUGAGCAACUGUAUUGAGUCUGAAACGGAGGAUUUUGCAAAUAGCAAGUCCAUUCUGGACCAGGGGUGUGCAACCUCCAACAGCACAUUAGAAAUUGUCACAACAACAACCAUGGCCAAGGUUUACCGCAUCGAUUUGAGCACCGUGGAGACCAAAGGAUCAACGAUGUAUGUCCAGUGCACAGUCAAUCUGUGCAUCGCCACCCUGCCCUCUCGCAAGUGCCCCGAUCUGUGCACCAGCUCCUUUAGUCACAGAGCAAUGGUUAACAGUGUGUAUACCAGAGCCUACACCAUCCGCUCAGGACCCGUUAGCCUUGUGGUCACCACUGCUGCACCGUCCACAACAACCACCAGCACCACUACAUCAACAACAACUACUACUACUACUACUACUACUGCUAUUCCAAAUACCUCAGCUGCCCAGAACAACACCACCUCACAUGCUCCAGAACAGGCCUCAUCUGUGGCAGUGGGAGUGAUUUUAACAACUAUCAGCAUAUUUCUUCAAAACAUCUGUCUUCAUUGAACAUGCUGCUUCACAGUGAUCUGUCAAGAGUACUCAGUGCUACUCCCACCCACCAAAAUGGACAUGUAACACACACAGUUGACAAUGAAAGAUGAUAGAGUAGUUGUAAUAUUUAAUAUUUACAAAAGAUACAGCUUUCCCUAACUAAAAAAAUAUGUUUAAAGGAUGUUACAAACACCACUUAAUUUCACCAACAUUUCCAAAUCUAUACCCCAAAUGGGCUGGGUUAAACAAACUGUAAAAUACAAGUAGUACUUUGCAAAAAAGAAAGAAAGAAAGAAUUAAAUUGUGUUAUUUGAGCACCAGUGAGUUGGAAAACAACACUGAUUUAAGUUGAGUUAUAUAUUCUUGCCUAUAUGUGAAACAGAGCACUGACCUCUCCUGGUGCCACACCAGUACAUUUACUCAAGUGCUGUUAAGUCCAAAUUGGAUGUACUUGUACUUUACUUAAAUAUUUCCAUUUUAGGGCACUUUAUACUUGUACUUUGCUACAUUUGAGAGAGAAGUGUUUUAUUUUUUAUUACUUUACAAAUUAAGAUUUUACAUACAGAACAUAUGAAUAAGUUUUAAAAUACAUGAAAAAUAAAUAAAUAAACUAACUAACCAAAAGUGCAUACAA